UGCGUGUGAAAAUUCAACAUGCAACGGCACCAAGGGGGAACUGGAAGUGGGCUGAGCUUGGAACGGUUCAUCCGGGGUAAAGCGCGACCGAACAAGGGCAAAGGAGAGACGGCCAGUGGCAAGCGCAAGCGCGUCGAGAAGGCCGUGCUGCUGCGGAAUUACCGCAAGGAAAAGCAACGCGUGAACCCUUCCGCUCCGUCAUCUUCGGCCGCUGCAGAUGACGAUGAUGGUGCGUCGUCCAACGCUCCGAAAUCGUUUUACGACAAGUUCUUUGCCACCCUGCACGAUGACGGCGGCGACGACAGCACGGCCGCCCGUUCGACGCCCAAAGCCCCAUCGACACACAAGCCAGAUCCUUUGUUCAAAGCCAAACGAAAAGCCCAGCAAGUCAAGGACGAGCGCACCGUGAAGCGACAAGUGAUUGAGCAAAAGGUAAAGGAAAAGGAAAAAAAGGUGGAGAAGCGCAAGAAGCGCCACGUCAAGAUGAGUCUGCGCACGAAAACGGGGCAGCCGGUCGUGAAGCACCAGAUCAAGGACAUCUUGGCCAAGUUGAAGAGCUCCAAGUAAUGUGAAGGGCACUAAAUGAAAAUGAAGUCUGCAUAAC